CGUCCCUUCCUAGUUCAUCCGUGCUGAGAUUUCCCAGGCUGCGAGAGAUCCAGGGGAGCUGUCUAGGUUCAAGGCAACUCCAAAAGGAUGCUCAGGUGCCGGUGAGGGGAGAUUUGCCUGCCAGAGGAUGGGGUGCUUUGGGACCGGCUGCCUGGCAGCGCUGGCCGUGUUCUGCGGGGCUCUCGGGGAUGUUCCCAGCAGAGGCAUCAAGUGUGGAGGGGUGCUCUCAGCACCCUCUGGCAACUUCUCCAGCCCCAACUUCCCAGGGCUGUACCCCUACGAGACGGAGUGCACGUGGCUGAUUGUGGUGGCCGAGGGCUCCUCCGUCCUGCUCUCCUUCAGCCACUUCGAGCUGGAGUACCACGAUGCCUGUGCCUACGACUACCUCCAGGUCUUCAAUGGGGCCACCCGGGACCAAGGCAACCUCCUAGGCACCUUCUGUGGCCACAGCCCUCCCCCACCCUUCUCCUCUGCCUGGCACGUCAUGGCCGUCAUCUUCCGCUCUGAUCGCCACGUGGCCAAGCAUGGCUUCGCCGCUGCCUACCGGAAAGACGCCUGUGGCGGGCAGCUGACAGGGCUGUCUGGGGAGAUCACCAGCCCCCGCUACCCCGAGAGCUACCCCAAUGACGCCGAGUGCCGCUGGAGGAUCGGGGGGGCCGGCGGUGGUCCCCUCACCCUGGUGUUCACCGACUUCCAGGUGGAGGGGAGCCAGGGCUGCAGCUUUGACUACGUGGCCCUUUUUGAUGGCCUCACUGCUGCUGCCCCCCACCUGGGACGCUACUGCGGCAGCAGCCGGCCGCCCCGCGUCGUCUCCUCCUCCCCACACCUCCUCAUCCUCUUCAAGUCAGACUUCAACAUCGGUGGCAGAGGCUUCAAGGCCCGUUUUUACUCAGGUGAGUGCCAGGAGGUGUUCACCACCAUCAAAGGCAAUUUCUCCAGCCCUCGUUACCCCAACUUCUACCCCAACAAUCUCAAGUGCCAGUGGAGCAUCCAGCUGCCCCCGGGCUACCGGAUCAAGGUCUUCUUCUUGGACAUGGAGCUGGAGGGCCGGAGCAGCCUGACGGGCAGCUGCGACUAUGACCACCUGGCUGCCUUCGAUGGCGGCACCGAGAACGGGUCCCUGGUGGGGCAGUGGUGUGGGCGGGACAGCCUGGCCCCCGUCACCUCCCGCAGCAACCAGCUGCUGCUGGUCCUCCACACCGACCGCAACACGGCCAAGAGGGGCUUCUCCAUUGCCUACGUGGGAGUUGUGCCCAUGAACGUCAGCUGCACCCGGACAGACUUCCACAUCCAGAUCCCUGUGCAGUCCCUGGCCCAGCUGGAGAGGAGCAGGAUUUAUCUGGGGAACCCCUCUUGUGCAGCCCAGGUGGUUGGUGGGAACUUCAGGAUACACACCAGGUUCGACACCUGUGGCACUGAAUCCCAGAAGCGCAACAGCACAGCUGUCAUCGUCAGCACCCUCUAUGUGGAUUUCUCAGUGGGCGACCAGGAGGACAUCCACCAGUACGAGCUGCAGUGUGAGCCCAAGAGGAAGGAAGCCUCUGUGACCCUCAUUGCUGGCCCUGACCCAGCCAGGCUCAGCCAGGCGGAAAACCUCCUGGAAGCCCAGCAGCAGAAAGGGGAAGUGACAGUCAGCCACGACACCAAGAGCCAGGACACCAGUGACAUCGUCUUCAUCAGCAUCUGUAUCCUGGCUGGGCUCCUCAUGGUCAUCGCUGUGGUGGGCCUGGUGCUUCUGUAGGAUGCUGCUCCUCCAGGGCUUGCAAUCCCAGCCCUGGCCAGGGUGGACACGCCCCCCUAGAAUCCAUUCUGAGCCCAGGCUGAGCGCUAAUGCAGCCACUUGGAGAGACAGCUCCCAGGCCUUGAAACAGAGCCUGAAGCCAAGCUCCAUCUCCUUCCAGCACCUGAAAAAUCUGGACAGCAGGCACAGCCUUUUCCCUUCCUGAUUUGUUUUCCUCUGCUCCAAUCUGUCAAUUUGGCUGGGGAAUGCAAUUCUUGUUCUUCCUAACUCUUUCCACACCUGCUUCAAUUUGUUUUCCCUCUGGUGCUGCUGCUUCCAGGAAAGACACUUUGUUUGCCAGUGGCUGCAGAUCUCCCAGCCUGUACUGGUGCAGUUUAUUAUUCCUCCCCCGGUGCAGGACUCUGCACUUAUCCUUCUUGAACCUCACCUGAUUCCUCUGUGCCCAGCUCUGUCUGUCCAAGUCUUGCUGGAUGGCUGCAGAUCACCCUGUCGAUUCUUUCUGGCUAGAGUUUGAGGGCUGUGGGUAAUCUAGGAGCUGUCUUCUGGUAGCAUCAUCUCUAAACCUAGUGUGGAGCAGAGGAGCCUGAGGGGUGACCUCAUUCAUGUUGAUAAAGAUGUGAAGGGCAGGGUCAGGAGGACAGAGCUAGCCUCUGCUCAGUGGUGUCCAAUGGUAGAAUAAGAGGUGAGGGGCCUAGAGCACAGCCCUGCAAGGAGUGGCUGAGGGAGCUGGGGGUGUGCAGCCUGCAGAAGAGGAGGCUCAGGGCAGACCUCAUUUCUGUCUACAACUACCUGAAGGGAGGCUGUAGACAGGUGGGGUUAAUCUCUUCUGCCAGGCACCCAGGGACAGAACAAGAGGAUACAGCCUCAAGCUGUGCCAGGGCAGGUUCAGGCUGGAUGUUAGGAGGAAGUUGUUGCCAGAGAGAGUGAUUGGCAUGGGAAUGGGCUGCCCAGGGAGGUGGGGAAGUCCCAUACCUGGAGGUGUUUAAGAGGAGGCUGGCUGUGCUAGUGGGACAGCAUGUGCCUGUUACAGGAACACCUUUUAUAGGCAGAUAACUGCUUGUUAAAUGAUAAGAUAAUUAGCAAGGAUUAUCCCUAAUCUGGUCUAAUUGACAGACUGCCAGCAGAAGAAGCAGCAUCAUUAAUUGCAGUGUAGCCCUGGCAUGAGCUUCCCUUUAUUUACAUCCUGUGGCAUGUCAGAGUCCCUUGGUGCCUCAGUUUCCCCCUGCCAGGAAAUGCCAGUUCCUCCACUUGAAGGAGGGGAUUGAUCCUGCUGUAUCAGCUGCUGUGCAGAGGUGUUUGAACCGAUGUAGGCAGGCUCCCCAGCCCCGGUGCUGUCCUUCACAGUGUGAUCUCUGCUGUGGGCAGUCUCACUUCUUAGCGUUAAGAACACUUUGGGAGUGCUGUAGCUGUUUAAAGCAGCAAAGGAGACUCAGUGCUUUUUGGUGCUGUGCCCUGCAUGGAGGAGCGUGGGUUUGCUGACUCUGGAUGGGGGCUGGGGAACUGCCCAAUGUGUUUCCCUCCCCUGCCUCUUCUUUUCUGCUUUGCUCUGUCUCUCCUCUGCUCCAGCCCCCGUUUCAGCUUCAUGCUACACUCUUAACCUCGUGGUGUGCUCACACCUUGGGAGGGAAGAUCCUGGAGCCUCCUUCAGGGAGGAUCAGGGCUCCAAAAGGCAUUUCUGGCUGCUCCUGUCUUAACAACUCUUAUUCCAAGGCCAGCCUGGUAAGCUCUUUGCAUUACAGGGCUGCCAGGGAAGCAAUGAGAUCUAAAAGUUUGGGUUCUUUGUGGAGAAACCUUUGAAGAGCCUCUUAAAAGAUGAAAAAUGGUGAGCUGCUGUGCGCUGUCUCUUCUGAAGGACAGGGAGGCUCUUGUCUACUCCCAUCUUUUUUUGCUCAAGUAAUUUGCAGCUGGGCAAAGCUCUCCUUAGCUGUGCCUGCCGAUGUGGAACAGAGCAAGCUGUCCUCUGGUGCCUUCCCCAAUCUGCUCUGCAGAAGCUGGGGUCAGAAGUCAGCUGUGGCAGGGGUGAAUUCCCCCUCCAGCUCUCCCAGCCCUGCCCUGUGCUCAUCCUGUUCCCCACCGUUUGAGAACAGUAGCUGUCAGAUGUCACCCACCUCCAGAAGCUGCUUCCCUCCUCUCUGCUGCCUGCAGCAGGUCUCUCUAGCGAUCUGCUGGCUUCAGGUACUCUUUCACUGAGAGAAAGCUGUGGGUAAAAGAAGGCAAACCCAACCUUUUCUGCAGCUUGGCUGCCUCCUUUGAUUACUGAUGGUGUAAGCAGGGAAUCAGCCAUGUCAAAGGUACUGUGCCAGAAAAACCUAGCACAGGGAAGCCUCCACGCAUCCCUUUCAUCCUCCCUCUGAACCUAAAAGGGUUUCCCCAGCAAGAAGACAGGAGCUUGUGGAGAGUCCCUGCCUUUGGAAUGUGUCUUGCCAGCACCCUGUGGCUGCUCUGCACCAUGCAGAGGAAAAGCAGAGGAGAAGGAACAGGAUUUAGGAGCAAUGCUUGCCUAGGCCAGGGAGGAAAAACUGUAGGAUGUGAGAACCCAAAAGCUGGUGAUGGUGCUGCAAGACCCCCUGUGACUGGGUUUGCCAGAGGCAAACUGCAGCAAAGCAGAUGUUUGAGGGGCAGGCCAGUCCUGGGAGCAAUGUGGUCCAUAGGUUCAGGUGCUUGUGCCCUUCCAGAUCCUCUGUUCAAGGGAUUUCAGUGCAGAGCAGCUUGCAGUGCUGGGACCUGCUCAGCCACAGCCUCACUCUCCCCACUGGCUGCACUGGGCAGAAGAGGAAAGGAAGAGAAACUGCUGAGGAGCAGCAAACUGCUUCAGUAGGUAGCCUAAGGCAGAAAUAAAUGGAGCUGUGUGGGUGAGAUUGCUGCAAGGGGAGGUCUGGUCUCCAGAGUCAUUCAGACUUGAUUAGUCUGGUACUGAGUGUCCUGGUGGCACAUUCAGCACCAUCCUUUGGGAAAAGGAAGCCCUUUUUGGCCUCUUGCUUUUUCAUCUGUUUUUGUCUUCCUGCUCCACCUUCCUGUCUGUUUUUUUGGGGUGUUUUUUGUUUCGUUUUAAAGCAUUCUCUUGUCCUGCAGAGAUUGGAACCUUUUCCACUUUCUCCCCAGUGUCAGUUUGAGUCUGUGGUCCACAUAGUGAUAGUCAGGCAUGGUUUGGGCUGAAGAUCUGAAUAAAUGCUAACCCACAGCUUUCCCACUGCA